AUAGGAGAUAAAUUCAUAAAACUUAUUGAAAAAGUGAAUAAACAUGACAGCAGCAAUUAAAACAUUGUGGAAGCAAGCGCUAAAUACAUUUGAAGAGCGAACUAGCUCAGGAUUUAAGCUUUGCCAAAAAAAAUUUGAUAAAUUACGAAAUUUGAUGAACAAGAUUACAGCAGAAGAUGUAAACUUAAACAAACAGAUUCUAGACUUCAUUCAAGUGCAACAUGCUCCAAUGUGGGUUAUUGACAUAUUUCAAAAUCAAGACUUUGCUAUCUCAAUAUUCAUAUUGAAACAUGGCUUCACAAUGCCAAUACAUGAUCAUCCUGGAAUGUAUGGAUUUUUGAAAGUAAUCAGUGGAGUGGUUCAAGUAAACAAUUAUACUUUAAAAGCCAAUGAAGAUCAUACAAUUAGAUUGAACAAAGAAGAAAUGGCAUAUAGACACAAACCAAUAACUUUGCAUAGUAAUUCACCCGCUUGUACUCUGACGCCAAAAGAAAAGAAUUUGCAUGAAAUUACAUGUAUCGAAGGUCCUGCUGCAUUUUUGGAUAUACUUAGUCCCCCUUAUGAUGUAGAUAUUGAUUCUGGGAAGGGUCCAAGACCAUGUAGAUUUUUCAAAACUGUUAGUAGUUCAAAAGCAUGUACUGAUACGUCGGACAUAAUUGAAGAAGUUAAGUUGGUGGUUAUUGAAGGUCAACCAGAUUUCUAUUCUGGGAGUCUCAAAUAUACGGGACCACCCUUGAUGUGACCUGAAAUAUCCAAAAAUACUUUUUGUUCCAUUUGUUAACAAAAUUUUGUUGCAUUUUAUUGUAUUAAUUUAGAAUUGCAAUUGUACAAUACAUUUUUAAAGCUAUCCAUAUUUUCAUGUGUAAUA